AGGCAGCGCCGCCGACGGAGGAGUCAGAGCUGAGCCGGCAGCUCGGAGCCUCGGAUCCCGCUGCGGGCGCCGCCGCCGACCGACCGCCUGGGGCUGCUCCCUCCUCGGGCACGCGGCGCUGCUGCGCUCCGGCCGGGGUCCCCCGCGGCGGACAGGAGCUCCCCGAGAAAGCGAGGGGCAGGGAGAGCCAGAGGAGGGCCCGGAGGAGGAGAAGGAGGAGGAGGAGGAGGCUCGCACCGCGUCGCUGCAGGGAUGUUCUGGAAGCUUUGGCUCUCCUUGAUCCUGGCGGCCGCGCUGGCGAGGGCGGCCCAUGGUAGGAAGAACCGGCCGGCGGGCGCCAUCCCCUCGCCCUACAAGGACGGCGGUGGUGGCGGCGGUGGCAGCAACAACAACUCGGAGCGCUGGCAGCACCAGGUCAAGGAGGUGCUGGCGUCCAGCCAGGAGGCGCUGGUGGUCACGGAGCGCAAGUACCUGAAGAGCGACUGGUGCAAGACGCAGCCGCUGCGGCAGACGGUGGGCGAGGAGGGCUGCCGCAGCCGCACGGUGCUCAACCGCUUCUGCUACGGCCAGUGCAACUCCUUCUACAUCCCGCGCCACGUGCGCAAGGAGGAGGCGUCCUUCCAGUCCUGCGCCUUCUGCAAGCCGCAGCGCGUCGCCUCGGUCCUCGUGGAGCUCGACUGUCCCGGCCUGGACCCGCCCUUCCGACUCAAAAAGAUCCAGAAGGUCAAGCAGUGCCGGUGCAUGUCCGUGAACCUAAGCGACUCGGACAAGCAGUGAGCGCGCGCCCUGGGCGCACGCCGCCCCGCCCCGCUCCGCGCGCACUGGUCCCGGUCCCCAUCCUCGAACCCGCUCACGCAGCCAGCACGUGCCCUGGGGGCGGAUCGUGGCCACGAGGGGAGCUUGGCUGGUGGGUGGGUGGCCCACCCUGGGCCUCCCGAACCCGGAGGAAGAUGCUGGACCGGCCCCCAGCGGUGGGAGAGGCGUGGAUGUUUCCACCGUGUGGAAAGGGGAGCGUUUCCCUGGCCUCGCCUGCGCUCCAGCUCGCCCUCUGCCUCCCGAAGUGAAGGAUGUGCCCCUCUUCAGAGCAGCCCCUCAACCCCCUGCUGCUGGUCCCCGUCCUCCUGGCCCCCUGGUGCCCCCGGGCCCCCUGGUCCCCGUGGCUGGGGCUGCCCUCUCGCUGCUGAGCUGCGGAUUCGGAGCAGCUGCCUGUGGGCGGGGAGUUCCUAGUCCCCUGAUGCCAAGAAGCCGACUUGGGUGGCCACAUGGGCCUCCCUGGGGGCCUUGCUCACAGCAGGCCACGCUCUCCCCACGCCCCCAGCCGCCGCCACCAUCCUCACUCCCCCCACCGCCAACAACGGACUCAAGAUGAACUCUGGAGCGCAUGCUGUUCUCGCUGCCAUUCGCCUGUUCUCACACGCACAGCCUGCACAGCGGCGCCCCGCAUGGCGGCCUCCCUGGCCCGUAUUGUAAAGAGCUGUUCACACGUAUUCCAGACCCCGCCUGGUAUUGUCUCACGGGUUUGGACCCCGGCUUUGCAGCAGGUUCUGAGUCGAGUCGGGACCAGAGCAGGAGGGUGACCCAGAAACAACGCCUGGCAGGUGCCUGUUCUAGAUUGGGAAGGGGGGUGAGGGAGGAGGGGUUGUUUCCCCUUGAAUGGAAGGCAGUCAUUGCACCACAAUGUAGGCACCAGGUUGGGGUGGCGGGGUGGGGAGGCGGCUACAUUGGGAAAUUGUUCAUGGGAGACCCAGAAGCCCCGAGAAUAUGUACCAGGCGUAGGUGGGGUGAGAAGGUAUCCUACUUCACUGCCAUGGCACUAAGCAACACUAUUUGAAAAGAGAGAACUAGUAAGAAGAGAAGGAGUCGGGUCGUGUUGUGGUUUAGGAGGAAGUCAAGGCUACAACAUGUCAAAUGGAAAUCCAGAAACUCUCUCCUGGCAGGAAGCAACCAGCUUCCUUUUCAAAGAACGGACUCACCAAUAAAAGAUGGGCAGCCUGAGGCCAGCUUGCAUUUUUCUAAUGAAUUCUUGAGGUUCUCAUGUUGUGGUCUCUUGAUGUAAGGCAGUGGACAUAAUUUAAUUUCCUGAAAGAAAAAUUAUUUUCCCUUUGCUCAACUGCCCCACCGAAAGGUUCCCUGUGAGUGAUGUCUAUAGAAUCUGAUAAAUGUGAAUGAGAUGCCAAUCUGAUGGGUGGGAGUGAGCAUGCGCAGAAAGGUUCUCCCUGGCAAUGCCCAAGCACGGGGUCCUAUGCGCUCUGCCGGGGAACUCAGGAAGGCCUGUGAGUUACCUGGAUACAGGAGAAAGGGAAACUGAGGCUUCCUGACAUCAGAAGGUGAUGGAGGGUCUACACAUCCCCCUGGAGAGCAAGGAUUUGGUGGGCGUGACAUGUCCGGGAAUCCAUUUCCACCCCCCCUGCCCGGUCAGUUUCAUUUCCGUUACUUCUGAAACGCCCUUGGACCUGAGCAGAAUGUGCAGUUUGUAAAGAAGCUCUUGGGUUCAGAAAUGGGCAUUUGCAUGUAGUGGGAAACCUCAAGUCAGACUCAGGCAGAACACGCAGCAGAAACGCUGGGAGGGAAGGAACGGAGGCGGAUGGAGAGGAGGGGGAGAGGAGGGGAUUGGAGGGGAGGGCAGGGCAGCCUCUGGCCACACUGCAAAGCCAACCCCUGUCAUCGUAUGAGCACAGAACCGGGGCGAUAGGGGAAGGAUGAAGCCAUGAGCUCGCAGAGUGCAAACACUAGCUCACUCGGCGAGCCCGACUGUGGGCAGAGCAAUGGAAGCAAUACGAUAUGCUGCAAAGGGGGGUCUUGUAUGUACAAAGUUUACCUUCUAAUGGCUCAAAUCGUAUUUAAUUGUGUGUGUUUUUGUUUAUAAAUGAAGAAAAGCUAUAAGUAUAAUGUAAUUAUUUUAUAGGUGUACUAUUAAAUUAUAGAACAAAUAAAGAGACUCUAGGAUUCUA